AGUUGUCUGCGUAAUAUUCAUUGCAUAUUAACAAAUUCGCUAAAACUUGAGGUUAAUGUUUCCAAAAGUUCUGUAAUUCUCUUUUCUCAAAAUGGAUUACAUUAUCCUCAAGUUUUAUACAAUUCUAACGUUAUUCCUGCUCAGUCUUUUGUCAAAUACGUUGGCCUAUUUCUUGAUUAUGAUCUUUCUUGGAAAACUCAUAUUGAUUCAAUUUCUAAAAGAGCUGAACUGGGUGUAAACAUAUUGAAGUCGUUAACUGGAGUAAAAUGGGGUGCAGACCCUAAGGUCCUUAAAACAAUAUAUAUCGCGACAAUUAGAAGUCAUUUUGACUAUGGUUGUAUGUUUUUUGCUGAUGCGAAUACCCAUCUUUUAAGGAAACUAGAUAUUAUCCAAAAUAGGGCCCUACGAAUUAUUACGGGGGCUAUGAUGUCAUCUCCAAUUAAUUCUCUGGAAAUAGAGGCUGGCAUUGUUCCUUUAUUUGUACGCAGAUGUUACAUCACUGACAAGUAUGUUCUUAAAUUAGUUAGUCGUGGUAACGAAGUAAUUUAUAGAUACUUAAAUAAUAUCAAUAUUCCAAAUUAUAAUUUAAUACCGUUUCCUAAUUCUUCUUCCAUAAGUGAUGUUAUAACUUAUUUAAACUUUGAAUUUCAAGAUAUAGUGUAUUGGUCUAAUUUGCUUCCCUGUUUUGAACAUGAUUACAAUGAUAUUAUGCGAGACGUGGUUGUUGAACUGGUCAAAUUUGAAUCGAAAUAUGACUUUUUGGAGUUUCUUGAUGAUAAGACUGAUUUUGUUAAGUUAUAUACUGACGGCUCUAAAACUAAAGAUAGGACCAGUUUUGCAUUUUUUGACUCUUUUUUGAACAUAGGAAAAGUUUUUGAAUGUAGUAGUUAUUUUUCAGUAUUUUCGGCUGAAGUAUUAGGCAUAAUUUAUGCUUUAGAACAUAUUCGUAAUUAUUAUAUAACUAAAAAUAAGUUUUUGAUUCUAUCUGAUUCGAUGAGCGCUUUACAAGCGCUUAAAAGUAAAUGUGUAAGUGCAUCUGUAAAUUAUUUAAUUUAUAAGUUGAGAAGUUGUUUAAGUUCUUUGUUGAAUAGAAAUAUUACUGUUGAAUUUUGCUGGGUUCCGGGACAUUCAGGAAUUUUUGGCAACGAACUAGUAGACAAGCUUGCCAAAUCUACAGAAGAUAUACAAGUUUGUGAUUUAAAAGUACCUCAAUCCGAUUUAGUACCUUUUGUUAAAGAACUUAUGAUUAGACGUUGGAAUAACUCAUGGUCUAAAUCCAAAGAAGUCAAAGGGAAAUGGCUUGCAGAAAUAGUCCCGGCACCCAGCUCCAAGUCGUGGUUUGAAUACCAAAGAAAAUAUGUAGAAAGGGCAUUUAUUACAACUAUAUGUAGAUUGCGCAUUGGUCAUGCUCGUUUUCCCGCACAUCUUUUUAGAUUAGAGCUAAGUGAUUCUGCUGUUUGUGCACAUUGUAAUUUUGAUGUAUGUGAUCUUGAACAUAUUUUUUUCCAUUGUCCUUCAUUUAAUUUACAAAGGUUAUUGUUUGUUGCUAUGUGUAUGGAUACUGGUUUGCAAGUUCUGCCAAAUUCAGUACAGGGCCUUAUGAAAUAUCCACAAUUAUAUCCUGUAAUCUAUCAAUUUGUUACUCAUACUAUAGGUAGUUUGUAAAUAUUGUAAAUAUCUCAUGUAACUAUUAGAUUCGUGUCUCAUUUUUAUGUGAAUUAGUUAUAAGUACUUAUGUUACUUUUGUAUUUCAUGCUUGAGCUGAUGGCCUAGUUGCCAAUGCUCGUAAUAAAUUAAAAAAAAAAAAAAAAAA